GUUCAAUCUAGAUACGAAUUUUCUUCAAUAUUUCUUUCUUUAGAAUCUUUCCAAUCGUGAAGGUAAUGUAAAGAACUCUAUAUUGUAUGUAUACUCCAAUUUUUUAAAUGUUUCAGAAACCAUGGUCCGAAGGGUAAAAACAAAUCAGCAGCAGUGGUCGGUAUUUCUGGAGCAUAAUCCAGAAAUAUUGACGAAGAAAUUCGACGCUGUAAAUGGUAAAAAAAAUAUGAUGAGUUGUGGAAAGAAGCAACCACCAUUCUAAAUAGUCUGAGCUUCCAGCAAAAACCAAUGAAGAAAUGGCAAAAUGUAUGUAAAUCUUUUUUAAACUAGAUUGGCUUUACUACUUGAGUGGAUUUAUAAUGAAAUAUAUCAACUAUAUUCAUCCUAAUCACUAAAGAUCCAGGUAACGGUACCUACAUAAUGCAUAUCGUACUAUCCGUUAGUUAUUUAUUUGAACCAUAGUAUGUAAAUUACUAUUUGUUAUUGCAAUCCAUGGCAGACUGGAAAUCGAAAUUGAGGGCAAAGGCAGCCGCCAUAAAUAGGGAGCGAUCUCAAACUGGUGGUGGCGGUCCGUCUUUGCCUCCACUUAAUGGAAAUGAAAAGAGGCUUCUCCAGUUAAUUGGAAAUGCAUCUGUGUAUGGACACAGCCAACAGGAACUGGGAGCUCCCGUUGGAAAUACCAUAACGGAGGACCAUUCCAUACUUCCUCUUGAAGUGACCAUGCCGGAGGAACAACGUCCUACAAAACCCAUGGGGAAUAGUAGGUCAGAGGCAUCUGGAAUUAAAAUUAAAGUAUCUCCAUCUCUACUCCCACCUCCAUUAACCCCACUGAUUGGGGAGACUGAGGUGUCCGAAACCCCCAGGAAAAGGAGUAGAGUGGACAAUUCAGGAAAUGGUGGAAGCAGGAAUUCAACUUGGGAUUCGAUGCAGUUAAUGCACCAAGAAACGCUGGAGGUGUUGAGAUGCAUUUCAGACAACAUAGCUAGGUUGUCAGAAACAACCGGAAGAUUGGCUGAUAGCCAUGAAAAAUUGGUCAAUUUUUUAGAAAAUAAAUUUAAAUAAUGA